AUCAAAUUAAUUGUUUUAUUUACAAUAACUUAUUUCGGUUAUAUUACUUUAAUAUAUACAUACGACUCGAGUGGUUAAACGGAAAUUUCGCACUGGAAUUGUCUAAUCAAACGCACACACACGAGGCUUGUUGUCGGAUGAUCACUUAUUGAAGGCCACGCUACCCUUAAACACUACCCCUUGACGAUACCGCAUUAUAAUGCUUUAAGACGGCAAUGCGAUAAGGCGUACUCGUGGUGAAUUUUUUUUCUUUCUUUUGGAAAACCCUACCGACGUCAUGGCCAAUUCUACUUCGGUUAGCAAGUGCACGGACUUUUCGGUUUCCAGCUUGUGCCGGGACAUGAAGACUUCACCGCCGGACCCGGCCAUCGUGAUCGGCGGCACCGGCAACAACAUGAAGUUAACUCUACCGCUGGCAGCCUGUUCUCCGUUUUCCACAGCUCUGAACGGACCGACCGCAUCUCCCACGACGAUUCCGGUCGGGGCUACCGGGCGAACGUCUUUGGCUUCUUCGCCGUCGCCACCAUCUCCUUCGCCGGCCACUCUAAGGGAACUUUACGCCAUGGCGGCAAGCCAACAACACCAACAGCACUCCCGACUCCUCGAGCUGUCCAACCGGUACCAUCGAUACCCGGAGAUCGCCCAUCACGUUUUCAACCAACAAGGCGCCGUCACUAAACUACUCGGAACCCUGAGACCUCCCGGGCUGAUCGGCGGCAGCAAACCCAAAGUGGCCACGCCGGCGGUUGUGUCGAAAAUAGAAUUCUACAAACGGGAAAACCCGACGAUAUUCGCCUGGGAAAUACGCGAAAAACUCAUAUCCGAAGGUGUUUGCACAAACGGCACGGCGCCGUCCGUGAGCAGCAUCAACCGGAUACUGAGGAAUAGAGCGGCGGAAAGGGCCGCGGCCGAGUUCGCCAGGGCUGCCGGAUACGGGCUUUACCAGGUGUCGCAUCCGUACGCGUCGUUCCCGUGGCCCCCGCAUCCGCACAGCUUGUGGCCCGGAGUCACGGCCGACGGCCAGACCGCGCCCGCGGUCAGUUCGGCCGGGCUGUCGCACGCCGGAUCUGCGGUCGCCGUCGCCGCUGCAGCGGCAGCUUCCUCGGUGGCGUCCAACAACAAGAGCUCGCCACUUCAAAUGAUGAACCCACACCAACAAUGCAGCAUGCUGUCGGCUCGGGACUUGAUGCCCAGACUUUUGUGUGAUGGGUCAACGGAAGGCGAUGGCAAAGACGACGAGAGCAUAGGCAGCGGCAGUGGUGGAGAACAGCCAAAGUUCAGACGCAACCGGACCACUUUCAGUCCGGAUCAGCUCGACGAAUUGGAAAAAGAAUUCGACAAGAGCCAUUAUCCCUGCGUGAGCACCCGGGAGAGACUGGCCGCCAAGACCAGUUUGUCCGAGGCCAGAGUACAGGUGUGGUUUUCGAACCGGCGGGCCAAGUGGCGGCGACACCAGCGCAUGAACAAAUCGCGUCGGUCGGCGGGCGUGGCGGCCACCUCGACCGUGUCGGGCAGCAGUGGCGGUUCGGCGGGUACGCCCACGCCGCCCGUGGUGUCCCCCGUCGCGGACGGCGCGACCGCCGCGGCGGCGUCCCGGUGUCUGGGCGGCGGCGAGAACAGCGCGUUCCGUUCGCUCGUGCCGCCCGAACGGCGGCGGCGGCGGCGGCCGGGCCGGUGCUACGCGGCGUCCGAAUCGUCCGAGGAGAUCAACGUGACCACGGACGACGGAGCCGUCGGCGGCGGCGGCGGCGGCGGACGCCGUUCCGACACGCCGUCACCGACGUACAUCAACAACAACAACAACAACAACGACGACGACGACGGCGACGUCGACGGCGGCAACGGCCACGGCGGCAAGGCGUCGCUGUCCGCCGCGCAUUCGCCGUACCGGUUCGCCGGCGACCGCCAACCGUUUUUCGGCCUGUCCGCCGAUCCCGGCAAGCACGCGGCCGACCACCGUCACCAUCACCAUCACCACCACAACGUGUUGUCCACGAUAGCGUCGUGGAGGGAAAUGGCCGCGUUCACGGCCCUCCACCAUCGCGCGAUGGAAUCGAGUGCGGCCGCCAAAGUGGCCGCAGCGGCGGCGGCCGCGGCCAGCGUCCAACCGCUCCAGCUGACCAAGUACGACAAGGACAGAACCUGAACACAAGUCUAUAAAGGCAAAUUGUCUAAAAAAAAAUUAUAAUAUUUUUUUUAAAAAAAAUGUACAUAAAUUAUAUUUAAAAAUUGUCUAGACACUAUAUUAUAGAGCGAUUGCAAUUUCAUUAUACAGCAAUUUUACCUCCAGAAAUAUCGUCGCUUAAGAUGCAACACCAUAAGACCAGAUAGUGCACUCGAAAGCAAAACAAAAGAUUUUCAAAUAAAGAUUUUUGAUUGGUUCAACUUAAUGCAUUAGGGUAAAAUUGUAGUGUUAAUAUAGUAUUUGGCACACUAUUUACAAUAAUAAUAAUGGUAACUGAUAAUAAUUACUGAUAACAAGCAGUUGAUCGACGAAGGUUGAUGAUGAUAUGGUUACAAAAGCUUGAUGAAAUUUCUUUGACCCCCAUUGUAGAACAAAAAGAUUAUUUUUUGAUCACACUGACCUGAGAGUAUUAGUUAAAUUUGACAAACAGUUUUCGCUUUUUUUUAAAAAGCACUAUCUGGUUUUAUUUAUUCUGUGAUAACAUUAUAAUGGCGUUAUCAAUAAUUAUCCGCGCGCGAAAAUUAAAAUAUAACAGUGUGGCCAACGUGAUUUGGCAAAAAUAAAACGAGAUAUGAGGUGUUGCAUCUUCAGUGAAGAUGUAAUUGUUUCAAAAGCCAAAAUUAAAUUUAAAUUAAAUCGUUAAAGCAUAGAAAAAUAUUCCUCUAAUAUAGGUACCUCUUCAAAAGCUACCGUUUAAAAUCGCAUAUGUUUAGCUGUUAUAAUAGAUGUUGUACGUACUUGAAGUUGUUUUAUCCAAAUUAAUUUACAAUUUAGAAAAAAACAAUGUACAGCAAAAUUACACAAAACGUAGCAAUAAAAAUUUAAAAAAAAAAGGUGUGUGAAUUGUAUGUUUUAUUACUUGGUAAAUAUUCUAAGGCGUUACAUUUAUUAGAGCGGGGACUGAAAUCCAGAUUUUUUAAUUUUAUUCAUUUUUAACACAACUCACUACUAUUAAAAAACGUUGUGUUUACUUAGGUUCAUUUAGUUUGAUUAAAACAAUUAUUGUAAUUUUGAACUUAAACAAGUUAAAAACACCAAAACCAGAUGUUUCCAUCACUAGUGAAUUAAUUAGGGUUACCGUUAAAAUCUUUGGCACGGUUCCAACUGCAAUGUUAUCACAGAUUUGAUAAGAACCGGAUGUGACCGCAUUCUAGAAAUACAAUUUUUCUACAAAACAUUUUCCUACAAUAUAAUAUGUUAUCGAAUAAUUUUCAUAAUAAACAUGCGAUGACAAUCAAUGAAUUCAGAAAUGUUUAUUUCUACCAGUGGUUACUCUGAGUUGAGAAGCGUUAAUCUCUCAGCAGUUAUAUUGCUUUAAUAGGGAAUGCCCCGUCUGAUUUUCGUAUAAUCUGCAAUAUUAUUACAACCGCCAUUGAUUUCCUUAUCACACAGCGAAAUGGACGUUGCUUUGUAAAUACAUGUUUUAUUGAUUAUAAUAAUAUAAAAGAUUUAAUAGUUUCAAUAUAUAUAUAUAUUAUAUAAAUAUAUUGUUUACCGUGCGAGAUAUAUUGUAAGUAUGUAUUUGAAAAAAAUCAGGUACACUAUUAUAUUGUAAAUAAUAUUGUUCACACGUUAUUGUUGAGUACCUAAGUAUUGUACAAUGUUUAUGUAGGUACAUUUUAAUAACUGCACAACAAUGGCGAACGAUUAAUGAAAAUUAUUUAAAAAUUUCGUGUCGGUGUACAAAAUAAAAAAUUAUCGGCCGGCCUGUAAACGUUGUAAUUAUAUUUGGCGGGUAUAUAAUAUUAUUAUUUAUGUAAUAAUAAGAAAGGCGAAGAGUUUUUGGGUUUUUUUUUUUUGAAACGGAAAUAAUAUAAUUUAAUGUGUGUUCACACGCAAACCGUUUUUUUUUUACUUAGAUUGCACCAAUUUCCUCUAAUUUCCUUUUUUCAUUCUGCCUCUGAAACCUGAUCACCUGAUAUUUUGCAACAACACUGUUUUUUAUCAGCGCUCGCCAUUGUUGCCAACGCAACCAGUGUUGGCUUAGAUUAGGUAGGUUAGGUUGGUUUGGGUUAGUCAAAUCCGGAUUUUCUCCAACUGAUAAAAAACACCCUAUUCGAUGUGAUUUAAAUGUCGAGACGUCUAAGUUUGUAAAUUGGGUUAGUUUCCAAUAACGUACUUAACAUGUUGUAAGUUUUUGACAUUUCCAAAAUACAUAUUUCACAAGCUAACUAUACUAUCAUAUUCUUUAUGCCAAUUAUACUCCUGUCAAUCACAAUUAGAAGGAGCCAAAAUUGGAUCAUGAUAAUAUACAAAUCCCCAACGCGAAUACCAACUAUAAAAUAUAAUUUUGGGAUUAAAAAAUCGGUUUCGACAGCCUAACCUACCUACCCUAACACCCUACGUCCCACUUAAAGAUAGGUAGGGUUAGGAAUUAAGGACUUUUAGUUAAAAAAUGCAUUUUUGGUUUCCCAAACAAACCUAUCCUAUCCGACUGUUACAUUGUUCACAGUUCGGCCAAAAUAAAUCAUGCUGUUAUACUAAUAAAUGUUGGCUCAGUGAUGAAUGAUUGAAUGGCGCAGAGCAAAAUCAUAAUUGUAUUAUGAAAUAAUUUAAUAACUGGCCUACAUUAAGACGUUUGCGCCACGCUGGCGGAGAACCGUUGCAAUAUACUUUUAGAUUAUUAAUGAUUUGUUUUAUCUUAACGACUUGUCUGUGAUAUGUACACAUAUAUCUAUACAUCAAUAUA